GUUCUCUCCUCGUUUCUCGUGAAGGUGCCAGAACUUCCAUCUCAUCCAGAGACACUACCACCAUGACGAAAGACGUCUUGACACAGCACCUAGCACGCCUCUGGGCACCACGCAAACACACGCAAGCACGCUACAACCACGAUUCUCACGAGUUCUUCUACCUCCUCUGUUUUUCACGGUAUUGGCAGCGCUACUGCAACGGAGAUUUUCGAAGGUG